AUGUUCGGUAGAGUGUUAUGUUUGAGUUCUUUAUUAAUAUUAUUUCCUCAAAUAAUUAAAACCACUACAGUUUACAAAUGUGGUACAAGAAAUCAAGAAAUUUUAAAUAACGUUACAGUAACAAUUGAAAAUUGUACUACUACAUCAAGAUGCUCAUUAAAACGAAAUAGUACUAUGCAUAUACAAAUUAAAUUUAAAUCUGAAUAUGAUGUAAAGGAUUUAAUCACAGAAGUGUACGGUAUAGCAUUAAAUAUACCAAUACCCUUAUUAGGAGUAGAUAAUAAAAGUGUAUGCAAUAAUCUCUUUGAAGAAAAUGGUACAAAAAAAAAUUGUCCUGUACUAAAAGGUAGUACAUAUGUUUACAAAGACGAGAUAUACAUAAUCGAAGCAUAUCCUAAGUUUAAGGUAGAUAUACAUUGGAGUUUAAAGGAUCCAAUUUCAAGAAAUAUUGUUACUUGUUUUGAAGCACCAGCAAAAAUUAUUGAUUAA